AUGGCUAAAUCAGGAGUUCAAAAAUGUGAAAUGAGUCAGGAACAGUUAAAUGCCAUUGAGGAGAAAGAAUUUACUAUUGGUCCAUUAUCCAUUUUAACAAAUGCUGUUCGUCAAAAUACUCAAAUUCUUAUUAAUUGUAGGAAUAAUAAAAAAUUACUUGGACGUGUCAAAGCUUUUGAUCGCCAUUUCAAUAUGAUUUUGGAGGAUGUCAGAGAAUUAUGGACUGAAACACCUAAAACUGGAAAAGGAAAAAAGAAGGGACAAGCAAUUGCCAAAGAUCGUUUUAUUUCAAAAAUGUUUCUUCGGGGUGAUUCUGUAAUUUUGGUAUUAAAAAAUCCUUUUGCUGAAUAA